GCCGGGCCAUGUAGUCCCUCUGCUCCGCUCUCCCAGACCGUGCCCCUCUCUCCCCGGCCGUCGUUGCUCCAGGACGGUAUUUGCGGAAGCGGGCCGGGACAGCGCCCGCUGCGCCAGCUCGACUGAGCCCCGGCCUGGAUGCGGGCAGUGCCGGGGACUGGGUACGGAGAGUGCCGGCUGUGAGGAUCACUCCGCAGGCCAUGAAGGCUUGCGGCCGCCGCGCGCCAUUUUGGGUGACGGACCUGCGGAGCGGCGGGUGAAAGGGUGUAUCAUGUUGGGCUCUGGGUUCAAGGCGGAGCGCUUGCGAGUCAACCUGCGCCUCGUCAUCAAUCGCCUCAAGCUACUGGAGAAAAAAAAGACUGAGCUGGCCCAGAAGGCAAGGAAGGAGAUUGCAGAUUACCUGGCAGCUGGAAAAGAUGAGCGUGCCAGGAUUCGUGUGGAGCACAUCAUCCGUGAAGAUUACCUUGUGGAGGCCAUGGAGAUCCUGGAGCUGUACUGUGAUCUGCUGCUCGCCCGCUUUGGCUUGAUCCAGUCCAUGAAGGAGCUGGAUUCUGGCCUGGCAGAGGCAGUAUCGACACUGAUUUGGGCUGCUCCACGCCUCCAGUCAGAAGUGGCAGAGUUGAAGAUUGUUGCUGAUCAGUUGUGUGCUAAGUACAGCAAGGAGUAUGGGAAGCUGUGCCGGACAAACCAGAUUGGGACAGUCAAUGACAGGCUGAUGCACAAACUGAGCGUGGAAGCACCACCCAAGAUCCUGGUGGAGAGAUACCUCAUUGAGAUUGCAAAAAACUACAAUGUGCCCUAUGAGCCUGACUCAGUGGUGAUGGCUGAAGCCCCAGCGGGUGGAGAGGCAGAUCUCAUUGAUGUGGGCUUCACGGAUGAUGUGAAGAAGGGUGGCCAUGGAGCGGGCGGAGGUGGUGGAUUUACAGCCCCAAUGAUAGGUCAUGAUGGGUUGGUACCCAUGCCUGUGAUGAUGCCUAUGCCCAUGCCAACAACAAAUCCACCCUUCUCCUAUCCACCUCCUAAAGGACCGGAGAACUUCAGUGGCCUGCCAGUGGGGACCUACCAGCCUUUCACUAAUAUCCACCCACCACCAAUUCCGGCAAACCCACCCACAUAUGAGUCCAUUGAUGAGCCUAGCACUGACAAGGAUGCUGCUGCACUAGUGCCUGGGCCUGAGCCCAAGCCAGAAGCUUCUCCUAAACCAAGAGCUGGAGCUCCUAAUACCUUUGAUAACUUUGUACUGCCCGAGUUGCCGUCUGUGCCAGACACACUGCCAACAGCAUCUGCUGGCGCCAACUCUUCUGCCUCAGAAGACAUUGACUUCGAUGAUCUUUCACGGAGAUUUGAGGAGCUGAAGAAGAAAACUUAAAACUUCCUGGGCUGCAGGAAGGAGGGGAAGGAGCUGUGAUACCUCUCUGAAACAGACUCCCUUUGAAAUUGGUUUCCUGUAUUAACCUCCAAUGAACAUGCUCUUCUUUUUGA